AUGGACGAAGAUUUUGAGUUUGUUAGUUUCGAAAGACAAGAAAGUAUUGAACCAGAUAAAUCAAUAAGUCAAAUCUCUGCAACUAUUAUCGAAUCUGAUAUAAGUAUUCUUAAUGCAAAUAGUUCAACUGUCUGGCUGCAUUUUGUAAAAACAUCUAUGGAAAAACAAUGCACAAUAAGUCACCAGCUAUAUAAACCUACUUCAG